AUGUUUGCAACCCUUGAUAAUCGUUGCCUAAAAUACUUUUGGGGACGUUUAUGGAGCGAUACUCUUUUAUUUUUUUGCCAACGCUCUCAUGAUUUCGAAGCAAGUUCGAGAAAUCAAGCUUCGUGUAACAGCGACUCCACUCGUUUAUCGCUUACUCACUUCCUCGAUCGCAAACUGCACAACUCUUCAACAGUCCCUCAAACCGUUCCGGGGAAAUUGACGCCUUUUCAAUCACCGGCCAGUGAGCAAGAUGGAAGCGUCAAACUAACUGAAGAAGAGAGAAAGUCUGCAACUGCUGAUGAGAAGUUGAUUUUGGGAAUGUUCAAGCAAGAGGGCAAAUGUGACUUUGUUCCUCCGUUAGAUCUUGAUGAGUUAGGAAAUUCUGUGGCAGGUGAUGGUCAAGGAGCUAGGAAAAGGAAAAAUCCAUUUGAAGAAACGUUUUCAAAAUGA